AUGGCUGUUCCUGGAGGGACAAUGGAAACGCUUGCUGACAUUCCACACCAUGUGUGGAAGAGCUUGUCCGAUGGCCUGAGACUAAGCCCCUCUGCUGUUGAUCAAAGUCGUAUUGGUGUCUGGGCCUCUAGGCCGAUUCCUAAAGGCAAGAGGUUCGGCCCUUUUGUAGGAGAGAAGAAAAAGCGGUCCCAGGUGUCCAGCAAUGUUUACAUGUGGGAGGUGUAUUUUCCAGCCAGGGGCUGGAUGUGUGUGGAUACCACAGACCCCAUGAAGGGGAACUGGCAACGGUAUGUAAACUGGGCUAACUCCACUCAAGAACAGAACCUUUUCCCCAUGGAGAUAAACCGAGCCAUUUACUACAAAGUGUUACGGCCAAUUGGGCCAGGGGAUGAGCUGCUGGUGUGGUACAAUGGGGAAGACAACCCUGAGAUAACAGCUGCAUUAGAGGAAGAAAGAGGCAGCAGUCUGAGCAAGAAAAAUUCAACCAGGGCAAAGCGAGCCAGAAGAAAGCUGUUGGAGGGAGCCAGACAGGCUGGUUUGGGUGCAUUCCGUGGGCCCAGGCAAACAGGCGUAACCAAACCUAUUGUCAGAGAGAUGUGGGACACAGAGGAAGGUCCAAAUGAGGAAGAUGAGAGACUCUCCCCAUCACCAGGGCCUUCCAAGGGACUCGGGAGAGCUCCCCCAUGGGGAGGAACGGCCUCUCUCAAGCCCAGUUCAUCUCAGCAGCAACACAGCAGAGUGCUCAGUCUGCUACUGAAGCUGAGCCAGCAGGAGAGGAGUGAGCAGCCUGAUCUGCCACUAAGCCAUAGCAGCCCAGGUGAGGUGGGGCCUGGGAGCCUUCAGACUGCCUCAUCCCUACCAAGGCCUGAACCAGAGGCUGACCCAUACCUCGACCCUGACCUUGAAGGUGACCCCCACGGAGAGGAGUCCCAUCCCUGCCAGCACUGCGAGCGCCAUUUCUCCACCAAACAGGGCUUGGAGCGCCACACACACAUCCAUGCCACYGCAAACCAGCARACGCACACRUUCAAAUGCCGUUACUGUGGCAAGUCCUUYGGCUCGCAGGUGGGRCGUCGGCGGCACGAGCGGAGGCAUGAGAACGGGCCAAARAACAARGGCCAAAGGCCUGGCUCACURGCUGGGACUGCUACUUUACUCASUCCUCUGGGGCAGGCUGRYKGUUCSAGCCCAGACUGURSCACUGUCUCUGGCCACUAYGUUGUCAKGGGSUCCCCKGUCCCUGGAGGACYUAUGSRGAGCCYUSAGGUUGUGAGGAAGGACCCUGCGGCUGAGAGUGAYCRGCCSUUUAUCGUGGAUGAGAAUGGWGAGACAAAGGAGCUUCAUCCUUGCAAGUACUGUAAUAAGGCUUUCGGCACUCACACCAACAUGCGCAGACACCAGCGCAGAAUCCACGAGCGCCACUUACUGCCCAAGGGUGUGCGCAGGAAAGGCAUGCUGCUGCAGGAGAGCCCRYMWCAGCWGCAKCRUCUGCCUGARCAGUCCCCYMGUGYCAGCCCACCCCYYGUCUAUGUGCCYAGUGCAGACACUGAGGAUGAGGGGGACCGAGAGGAGUACAUGGUCGACAUAUCCRAUAACAUCUCRGAGAAUCUCAGCCUGUACAUCGACGGCAAGAUCCUGUCCGCUAGUUCAGUCAGCGGCUGUGAGGUGAUCGAAGUGGACUCCAGUUCUGCAGCACUGUUUGGUCUCGAUGCAGUGGUCAUCAGCCCCAAUCAGAUCAGUCAGGCUUUCAAAGUGGACACCAGGACCUGUGCUGUGAAGCAGGUCUCCAACCUCGGCCAGCCCACGACGAAAAGGAGAACGUCGACACCCCCGCUCAUGCCCAGUCUUAAAAUGGAGUCUGAAAAUGGGUCCUCCUCUGCCUCCUCUUCCUCCUCCACGUCUUCCUCAUCUGCCUUGUUGGUGGAAAGUCUCUUCCCUCAGUCCUCAGACUCAUUAGCAUUUCAAAAGGAGAAAACUAUCUAUCUGUCUCCUAAGCUCAAACAGCUCCUCCAGACUCAGACAGACGGUCAGAAACCCACCAUCGCCCUGAUAGCAGACAGCCACAGAUUAGCUCCCCCUCUCUCCGUUGCGUCCCUGCCUGCAACCUCAGGCAGGUUUAAGAGAAGAACGGCUUCCCCUCCCUCAUCUCCACAGCUCAGCCCUGCGCUGAAAGCAGAUGGCUGUAAGAGCGAGGCUGGGGUCUCGUCGUACACCCUCAAGGUGCCAAAGCUGGAGAGCCUGGGCAUGUCCUCUGCCUGGAGUCUGUCCAGCAAGGAGGAGAGGGACACCAUGAGUCCCAGCGGGAAGGACGGGUGCAGCUGGUCUGCCUCUCGGAGCGGAGGGAACUCAUGUAAUCAGCAGCCCUUGGACCUUUCCAGCGGCAUCAGUAAAUGGAGUGACGGCUUCAACAAGACGCCCAGGGAGGAAGUGCUGGAUUUAAGCAUGAGUCGGAAGAGUACAGCGGAGCCAGAGUCCAAGGGAAGUCCAGCUCCGACACAGCCCCACACCAAGAAGAAGAAGCCCAAUACCAGUAUGCUAGAGAAGGUGUUGAUGAAUGAGUACGCUGGCUUAAACCCAGCAGGAGAGGAGGGCUCUUGUGCCCUGGGAAGCCCAGAUUCUCAGUAUACUGCAAGCAGUGGUACAGGCACAGCUUCUCACAGUCCCUCUUCCAAUAUGCCCUUUGAAUCAGCCGAUCCCUCCCCCCCCUCUCUAACCCCUGUCACUAUGAAUCCCUCCUCCCCCUGCGUCUCCAGCCUCACCUCUCCAACUCCACCUCCCCCUGUCCUACCCUCUAUGCCCUCACCAGACUGCCCCACUUCCAGCUCUCUCCCUCUCCUCUCCCCUAAAAUGUCCCCCAGAUCCAUUGACCAUUGUGAGGACGAGUCAGUUUGUGUAUCUAACUCUACUACAGCAGAGACAAUAUUAGCUGCGGUAAGUAACAGUUAUGGAGAUGAGGAACAUGUCACUAAGCCAGUAGACCCCACCCACAAUACAGAUCCCAUUAUCGGGAAAGCUUUAUCAAACCCCUCUACAGAGUCCUCCUCAGUAUCUGAUGUUGUCCCUGUGAGUCUAUCCUCAGCACAAUCUAAACCUGCUAAGAGUGGGAACCACAGUUUCUUAGAUAUCCAAAUUAACCCAGACCUGGAACCGAUUAUUACUGCGGGACAGGGGAAAUCCCAAUGCUCUGAACUCCCUGUUUUAUCACCCGUAAAAGAAUCCCCCCCCACUUCCUCAUCGACCUCUCCUGUUGGAAUAUCAGAUGUCCCAGCUCCGUCAGUGGUCUCCCCAGCAUCACUCUCUAGCACUGUGAUUAAAGAGGAGGUCCAGCACAUGGAUCAGCUGGCUGAUUUAGGCCUUCCUCCUGGUGCCACAGUGUCUUCACCUCCAUCUGCUGCUGCUGAAAAGCCCUCUGAGGAGGUGGUGGAGGAGGAGGGAUUGGAGCCAGACCCCUUCAGUAAGAGCUUUGUGUGUAACGUGUGUGAGGAUCCGUUCCGCUCCAUCAAAGAGCUCAGUCGGCACAUCGUGGAGCACGCCGCUGAGUGGCCCUACAGGUGUGAGUUCUGUGUGCAGCUGUUCGGGAAUGCUCCGGCCCUGCUGGAGCACCGCACAGCCCUCCAUGGUGUGGGACGCAUCUUUGUCUGCUCCUUCUGCUCCAAGGAGUUCGCCUUCCUCUGCAACCUCCAGCAGCACCACAAAGACCUGCAUCCCAGCCAGCCGUGCACACACGCAGCGGUGGAGAGCAGCAAGCUGAGGCCACAGAAUUACACAGACCCAGCCAGGGCCAAAGAGGAGAGUAACCCCUCCUCAACCACAGGGCCUGAGUCCUCUGCUGAAGCUGCCUCCUCCCAGGGGGUCUCUGAUGUGAAGGAGGAGGAGCAGCCUGAUACUAACGGGAAGCAUGAAGAGGCUGGACCGGAGGACCCAACUGAAGAGCUCUACACUACAAUAAAGAUCAUGGCUUCUGAGGGAGGCAAGCCUAAAGGCCCAGACGUACGCCUGGGCAUUAAUCAACACUACCCCAGUUUCAAGCCACCCCCCUUCCCCUACCACAACCGCACSGCUGCAGRCUCRGUGGCCUCGGCCACCAACUUCACUACCCACAACAUMCCCCAGACAUUCAGCACUGCCAUCCGCUGCACCAAAUGCGGCAAGAGUUUCGACAACAUGCCCGAGCUGCACAAGCACAUACUAGCCUGUGCCAACGCCAGUGAUAAGAGGCGGUACACUCCCAAGAAGAACCCCAUCCCUCUCAGACAGAUAGUGAAGCCCCAGAACGGCUCUCUGUCGCCUGCCUCUGCUGCCAACGCAGGGCACAACGCCUUCCGCAGAAUGGGCCAACCCAAGAGGCUCAACUUCAACCACGAACCGCCUGGCAAAACCAAGAUGAGUUCCCUCAGUAGGAAGAAGAACCAGCUGGUUCAGAAGGCCAUCGCUCAGAGGAAUGAGACUGUAGCUACUGUUAAGGCCCCUAGCCAGGUUAAAGAGGAGGAGCCGCAAGAGCAGGAGGUCCACGUAUGCCCUCACUGCAGCAGAGAGUUCACCUACCCUGCCAGCCUCAGUAAACAUAUAGCAGGCAGCUGUCCCAUGAAGCCGGUCUCUAAAAAGGCCAAAAGGGGAGCCGCAACAGAGGCAACACCAGCUGUAGACAUAAACAUGAGCCUUCGACGGAGAACCACAGACUCUGAGAUCCAGCAGCCAGAGCCGGCUGAGCCGGUUCCCAAAACACUUAGCAAAACUCGGGCUCGCAACUCUGGACCUGGCCCUGCGGAGGCUGAGGCCCCACCACCGGUGGGUAAAGGAAAGAUGGCUGCCACACAGGUGUGCACCAAGAGGCCAGCCUCUUUCCCAGCUGCCACAGUUUCUCUCAGCAAGAAAAGUAAAAAAGGCAAAGUUCAAUCGUUACCCCCCACCCCGUUGCCCUCAGAGAGUCCCAGUGACUCUUCACCGCGGCCAGCAGCUCAGACAAAGCAACGCAUGGGCAAGGAAGUGCCACCCAAGAAGGGAGCGGAGGUGAAAUCGCCCCAACAGCAGCAGUCUCAGGUGCCGCCUAAGAAAGAACGGUUCUCUCUGAGAGCGAGGGAGAGAGCUGUUGGGCCGGUGACUCGGAGCCUGCAGAUGGCCAACACUGCAGCUCCUGUGGAGGUGAAAACAGAGGACCUCUCCAGCCAGAAGCCUGAAGAGACCCAGGAAUACUUGCUGAAAUGAGCCAGGUAGAGAAAUGUGGAUUCUGAGGAUUAAGAAGUCCCUGGCUAGGAGGAUGUCGCUGUGCUGGCGCGCCUCUGGUGAGAAACUCUGGCCUUCCCAAUGAUCUGACAGACAGACAGGAGGAUCUGGAGGUGGGCUGAUUCCAUUACAGGACAACAUGAACUCUGCUCUCUACUCCCGUCACAUCACAUGCUGUGUUGGCUGAACAGGGGGAGGGGCGCCGCUCUCUACAUCACUCUCUGUGAAAUGAGCCUGGGACAGGGUGCAGAUUUCUAAACACAAAAAAAAGAAAGGAUUAAACAGACUAUUAAUGACAAUGAAUAAAUAUAAUAUAUAUAUUGUAAGUCAUAACUUGACUCGUAACAUUGAUGUUGGGGUUCCGUAACGGUUAAAAGCUGAUAUUGCAAAUGGCAAUCAUUUAUAUCCGUUCACAAAACUGGUCUGGUGUUUCUUUUUUGCUCCGUUUUCAUGUUUCCAUUGUUCGGUGGUUGUUGUUGAAUCCUCCCGUCUCUUAAUGCAUGUGCUGAAUCCAGCUGACAGAGACCUGUCCCUUGUCUGCGUGUCUGUCUCCAUGUCCUGCACCUACUCUAAUUCAUACAAAUGAUUUGCAAAUGAAUAUGUAUGUUUGAUUUCACGCAGUGCUCCGUUGAGAAUGCAUUGUAGAAUAUCUCUUCGUUGGCUUCCUGACGAAAAUAGAAAUCAGCCAAGAUAAAACGGAACUGUUUUCAACUGUAGAAAUGGGUUGUCAGAAACGGCGUGUCCCAAGUGUGUGUGUGUGUGUAUGCGUUCAAAUGUGCGUAUGGGUAGGCUUGCACCUUAUGUGUGGGCUGACAACCGUUGUCCCCUUGAUCUCAAAGUUGCGAUGUCUGUUUGCUCUCCGGCAUGUUUUCCUUAUGUUGCUUAUCAGAGGAGUACCAGCAGGGCAACCUGCCGCAACCAGAACAAUGCAGCCGUACACCUCUGACAGUUAGCUCCCUGGGAAAGGGAUGGGGGAAGAUGACACAUGCCUUCCACAUUGAAAAUGUGUGGGGGGGGGAGGGAAGAAACACUGCCACUUAUCCAGUUUAUUGACAUUGUGGAUUUCUCAGAGGCUCACAUUUUUAUUGAUGUGUCAUACAUAGUUAUAAGUAGUCUUGUCUGAAAGCACUUUAAAAAACAUCUGCCAAACUGUUUUGAUUUGAUCGGUAUGAAUCCUUGAAUGAUUUGGGUUCAAAUGUGAAGAAUGGAAUGUGGAGAUCUCUAUUACAUAUGACUGAGAACUGGGUUGCCUCAAAGUCAGUGAAAUAUAGUCGUUGGAAUAUUGCCCUCGUUUAAGACUCCCUGUAGAUUGAGCAAUUUUGAAUAGUUCCCCAGACUUGAUUUCAUCUGUAUGAUGUAAUCAAAUGCAUUAAUCUGAAAUAUGUAGCGGCGGUGAUCGUGUGCGGAGGAUUGCCCCCCCAAAAAAUCCGCCGUGAUGAUGUUUGGAAAUAUUUCAGAAAGGUUUGAGAAUUGGAAUCAUGGCUGUAGAAGGGGAGAGCAGAAACCACUGUGUUCCAGUAAUAAGGAUGGCCUUGAAAAGUUGCUUCAGUUAUGUUCCUUGCAGCUGCAAACAUGCCGCAGUAAGGUCAUUUGAUUGCUGAUUAUUUCUGUAGUCAAGGGUGGCUGGGAGGUAGUGUAUUUUCUUCAAUGUCAUCUAUAUGUAGGCCUAUUACAUGUUAUAACAUACUUUGACAAAGUAUUGUACUUUUGAUUAUGAUUAGUCCCUAUCUAUCCCAUGAUGUGUUUAUAUAGAGGAAUUAUCAUGUCCCUGUUUACAAUGCUCACCCCACUGUUGCUCCUUCUGGACCAUCUGCCUUUUACAGCUGAGGUAGAGGAGAGGGAUAUGACUCAAGUGCUUGUAGCAUGUUUGAAAAAAAACUAAUUGAACCAUAUAUAUAUAUAU